AUGCCUCGAAAUUACCAAAGAAAAGCUCCCAAUAGAUAUGUAGUAACAGAUGAACAGCUAGAAGCUGGCAAAUUGUUAAUUGUUGAAGGUGCUACUAAACGCAAAGCUGCUUCACAAGUUGGUAAAGAGAAUACUUUGAGAAAAAGUCUCAAACUUGGAAAGAAAGCGGAGAGUAUGGGAAGAUAUUUUUCAACAUUUACAAAGGCUCAGGAAGAAGAAAUAUACCAAUACAUAAAAACAUCGUACUAG